ACUUCUUCUUUGAUUUUUUUUCUACUAGCACUUUUCUUCUUCUUCUUCAUCCACUCACGCAAGGAGCUGUAGCCGACAGAUGCUUUUGCACAUUUUUUCCUCAGGAGGGCAUUUGAUUUCGCGUUUGGAGACAAGAGUGAUACACUUGGCGGUUGUUUGUCCACGAUGAAAUGGGAGAAGCUGAAACCUCCAGAACCAGAUGAUCCAAUGUGUUGCUGCGAAUGCGACGUAUUCCAGUUCGGGUGCGGUUGUGACUGUGAGGACCUGGACGAAGCAUUUAACAGAUGGCUGAGAGACAAGGCCCCAAAGAGUGGAUGUCAUUCACUUCUACUGAGGGCCUUGAUUGACAACUUGGAAAUCUCCCUGGUUCCUGCAUUGGUCCUGCUGCCUCUCCUGAUGAGGGUGGCGGCGCUGCACUACCUGCUGGGCAUCAUGAUCUUGACAGCGCUUCCCGGCUUGGUGCUCUGGCUCUACUACGCCACCCACAAGAGGAAGAGACGCACACUAUUCUUCCUCACGUUGGCUCUCUACUCUCUCGCCUACAUGUACUACCUCUUCAUCGCUGAGAUUGUACCUCGAGGAGAUGUGAGUCGCAUGCAGCUAUGCACUGUGACCGCGGGGGUGAUUUUUACUAUUGUCUCUCUGGUUCGGACUAAGAGGGGUCCAGGAUUCGUUAGUACUACACGUGAGGAGGACACUGAGGAUUCGCCACAUCUCACUGGGUCUGUUCAGUCAGAGGAAACCUCUGAUUUCCCAGUAUCAAGACCAAGUGGAAAAUGGAGCAAGUGUCCUGUGUGCAAAAUUGCACGACCACCCCGGGCGGGACAUUGUAGAACAUGUGGAGCUUGUGUCCAACGCCUGGACCACCACUGUGUCUGGAUAAACAGUUGUGUAGGACAGGGUAACCACCGCAGCUUCCUGUUGACGCUGUGUGUGUUCCUGCUGACGUCUGUGUAUGGGAUUGCUUUGGUGCUGCACAGCUUGUGUCCUCAGCAGUAUCAAGUCGGCGCACUCUUCUACUGCCCUGGUGUCUACAGUCAGUCCAGUUCAGCGCUCUGCUUCACCUGCGCCUGGUACAGCGUCAUAGUGACGGGGGGCCUGCUGUAUCUACUGGUGGCACAGGUGGUCAACAUCAGCUUCAACGUGACAGAGCGGGAGGCUCAGCUGGCCUUGAGGAACAAAACGGGCCAGAGACGCAUGUGGGGUCUCGCCGUUGCCACGGGAACAUAUUCGCGAGGCUUCUACCAGAACUGGGUUGACUUCCUCACUAUGGCCGAUGCCUCUUUGUGUCCUCGAUCCCGCCCCCCUGACUUGGUCUAGUUUCACAUCCUUGGCUACAACACAACAUUGCCAUUGUAGAGUUUGUGCAUUUAAAAAAAAAAAAAAGGAAAUGGUACUUCUGUUUUUUGUAAUUAAA